UGUCAAGAUCAUCACAAACCACGAUCAACCCUGAUUCAUUCUCGAAGUAACAUAGAGUCUAAUCUAAGAAAGAUGAGUCAUGGAUUGAUUCCAGGAAGCGAAGCUCGGUUCCAUUGCUAUACAACACCUAUUACUUUGUGUAGAAGAACAACUGGAGAAGCCAUUUUCCUCAAUACCCAUCAUCCCAAAUUAAGCAUUUCGAUUGAAAAUCGAUCUGGGUCGUUCAGAACGAAGGCCGCCAUUAAUGAUGGGUUCAUACCUGCAAGUCUGGAGAUGAAUUUUUAUGAGUUGUUUGGGAUUUCAGAAAGUGGGUCUUUCUCAGAAAUCAAACAAGCUUAUAAGCAACUGGCGAGGAAGUACCAUCCAGACGUUUCGCCACCUGAAAGGAUAGCGGAGAACACGAAGAGAUUCAUUCAAGUACAGGAGGCGUAUGAGACAUUGUCUGACCCAAAAAUGAGAGCUUUGUAUGACAGGGAUUUGUCAAGGGGCUUCCAUCUAGCUUUCUCAGCUCGCAAUGGCUACCCAUUUGAUAAGGGAUUGGGAGAAAAAAAAUAUUGGAAAAGCAACUGGGAGUCUCAACUUGAAGGGUUGAAGAGGAGGAGCAUGAAGAAUGAUGAUUCAAGAGAGAACAACAUCUCAUGGGGAGCUCGAAUGCAUGGGAGAAAGAAUGAAUCAUCAACCAACUUAUAAUUUAUUAUUUUGAUAUAUACAUUUAUAUUUCACUUUCACUUUUAUAAUUUAUUUAAGGAGAAGUUA